UGUCUGUUUGGGAUUAGGGCUGCAGAAGGUCUGACCUGUACAGCUCACCUGCAGGGAGAUGGAACUGCUCUGUAUAAGAUCAGUGAACCAGCAGAGCCCAGCUCUGACAUUGACUGGGCUAUCAACGGUAUGGUUGUUGCCUAUGAGGGACACGUCAACGAAGCUAUGGUGGUGCAGAACACGGGAAACAGUCUUCUUCUCAAAGCCUAUUACCCCAAUACCACUUAUACAGCGUACAACCUAAAGUGGCUCGUUGAAGUCUCCUGCAAUGACCCUGCGUCUAUAAGUCUGAGUGAGGCUCCACAUGAUGCCAACAACAGAAGUCGGGGAUUGGCUUUUUCUACUACAGGCCCUGCUUCUUCAAGUCUGAGUGAGGAUCCACAUGAUGCCAACAACAGAAGUCGGGGAUUGGCUUUUUCUACUACAGGCCCUGCUUCUUCAAGUCUGAGUGAGGAUCCACAUGAUGCCAACAACAGAAGUCGGGGAUUGGCUUUUUCUACUACAGGCCCUGCUUCUUCAAGUCUGAGUGAGGCUCCACAUGAUGCCAACAAGCUAAAUUGGGGAGCCAAAUUGGCUGUGGUUGUCAUUGCCCUCCUCCUAUUCCAGGCCUACCCUGUUCUCGCCCUCAUUGUCGCCCUCAUUGUCCUCCCCUGCCUUGUCCCCACCCUCUUUAUCCUCGUCCUCCUUGUCCUCGCCAGUCUUGUCCCCACCCUCUUCAUCGUCUUCCUCCAUGUCUUCGGCGUCCUUGUCCACGUCCACCUUGUCAUCCUACCUGUUGGUGUCCGCUGGUGGAAAAAGAAGAGUGGUUUCUGGAAGAAAAAACAGGAGCAAGGAGAUCCUGAGGCCUCUGAGCAGCUGAAGGAUGACAUCAUCAGUAUUGAGAUGGUGUGAGCCGGCUGACCCCCAUUAGUACAGUGCCAGUACCCUCCGGUCCAACCUCUCCUUCUGGUCUUUUCCGUCACCAAGCCAUUGUUACUACGUUUGGAGUAGUCCUUUUUUCCCAGCUAUGUGGGACAUUGUUUAAGUAUGGCUGCUGCCUAUGACAAUCCAGCAAUUAAUUAUUGGCAUGAGCCAAUUGUAGGCUAGUGUCUAGGCUAUUUAAACUUGCCUGUUCUUUGAGUCGGGAGAGUUUCCGUUUGAUAAGAUGUAAGUCUUAGUAGCUCUCACGUUGACCAGUGUGGUCUUUUUAUGAUCUAGUCGGCUUCUUAUUUAGCUAUAAAGUAUUUAAGAUGAAUAUGAUGUCAAUUUAUUUUCCUUAUUGAAAUGUAUUUCUUUGU